CUGUGCUGACCUCACCUUAUCCGGACACUCUUUCUCACACGGUCACACUCACACGCGACGCCGCGAAACCGGAGCGGCUUUGCUUGGAGCUGACAGCACGCGAUGGAGCGGAGGCUGUCGGCGGCGUCGAGGCGGUCCGCGCCGUCGCCCAUCCAGCAGCUGUCCCACCUGGCGCAGCGCGUCGGCGCCGUCAACCUCGCCGAGGGCUUCCCGGACUUCCCCGCGCCUCCCCGCGUCAAGGCCGCCGCCGCCGCCGCCAUCGCCGCCGACCUCAACCAGUACAGGCAUGUGCAGGGGAUCUGCGACGUCCUCGCGGAGACGGCGAGACGGGACCACGGCCUCGACGCCGACCCGCUCACGGACUUCGUCAUCUGCUGCGGGCAGUCGGAAGCGUUUGCCGCUGCUAUCUUUGCAACAAUUGAUCAAGGGGAUGAGGUUUUGCUCUUCGACCCUGCUUACGAAACGUACGAGACGUGCAUUGAACUGGCCCGAGGUGUCCCUGUGUAUGUGCGAUUGGAUCCACCUUCUUGGACUCUGAACGAAGAUAAAUUCUUGAAAUCUUUUACGAGUCGAACAAAGGCGGUUGUCUUGAACAGCCCACAUAAUCCAACAGGGAAGGUCUUCAGCAAAGAGGAGUUGCUGAUUAUCGCCCAAGCUUGUCAGAAAAUGGACUGCUUUGCAAUAACAGAUGAGGUUUAUGAGUAUAUUACUUACGAUGAGAACAAGCAUAUCUCACUGGCUUCUCUUCCAGGGAUGCAAGAGAGGACCAUCAUCACAUCCUCACUGUCUAAAACUUACAGUGUAACUGGUUGGAGAAUUGGAUGGGCUUGUGCUCCAGCAAGCAUUGCCUCAGCAAUAAGGAAUAUCCAUAUCAAACUAACAGAUUCAGCUCCUGCACCAUUCCAAGAAGCAGCACUGACCGCGUUGACAAGCACACCGGACUUCUAUUCAUCCCUGAAAAAAGACUAUGAGGUGAGAAGAGACUUCAUCCUUCAGUUGCUGAAAGAUUUUGGCUUUCACAUCAGCUUCAAGCCACAAGGUUCAGUCUUUGUAUUUGCUGAGCUGCCCCUGUCCUGGCAACUUUCAGAUAUAGAUUUUGUGACGAACUUGAUCAACGAUGCUGGUGUGGCAGCCGUGCCUGGCCAUGGGUUCUUCCACGAUAAUUGCGACCGUGAAAGCUACCAUAACCAGUACGUCAGGUUUGCCUUCUGCAAGAGCGAUGACACACUGAUGGCUGCUGCUCUCAGGAUGAGGAAGCUGGCGGACAGCAAGGUGAAAACGUGGCUUACUGGCAGUGGCAGUGCCAGACAAGAAGAUCAGACUGCCUCUGCCUCUCUUUGAUGCGGUUCUGGUUGAAUGUCCAUGCGUGGUGCGGUUUUGCUUGAAUAGAUUUCUUCUUUUUGUAGUUUUCUGGAUAGAAGUUUGAUGUUAUGACAUGCUUCUUUACGCACAAUACUAGAAAAAACAUAAACUAAACCUUUAUUCUGACAUCUUUCAUCUUUCUCAUGCAUUCAAAAUGGUUACAAGAAGGAUGAACAAUAUGAUAACAUCUUGUGUGGC